AUGCCGGUUCAAAAACAAAUUGGAGAUGAGUCAUCAUCAGCAAAUCAAUUUCUUCAACAGAUUUUCGAAAGUCGAAUGAAAAAUGAAAUUGACGAGAACGACCUACUGUAUAUUUUGAAUCAUACGGAAUUGUCUCGAACAUUUGAUCGCAAUUCGACGUUUAACAUCGAUCAUUCGAAACUCUUGAUCGCAGCAAUUGCUCAUUCAAAAAAUACAUUAACAUACCCAGAAUUCGUUACUGUAGUCAAUCUUUUACAUUCAUGGAGAAAUCUCUUUCGUCGGCAUGAUCUCGAUCGAAAUGGUAUCAUCGAACCGUACGCUCUCGUUAAUAUUCUCAAUUCUCUUCGAUUCAAUUUAUCUCCAUCGACAUUGGAGACUGUUGUCAAACGAUACUCGACGCGAGCCGAUGAACAUUCUUCGCCGAAAGUUACCUUUGAACACUACAUUCAAGUAUGCGCUCGAUUAACUCUUCUCAAUGAUUUGAUGCAUCAAAAAUCAGGCAACGGUUCACCGAGAAGCAUUUGUUCAUUCUCAAUCGAUGAGUUCAUGCAAUUGGCAUUGAAUUUAUAG